CAAAGUCGGGCGCUGGGGAGCGAAAACUACUGGGCGACUAUUACCCAUCGACAGCCGCCCGCAUCCCCGACGCCGCCAUUAGCGAUUACAUCAGUCUAUCUUGAAACUUCUAGAUUACAUCAACCAAAUGGAAAUCUGCCGCCCGCUCGAGAAAUCGCAGCCGGAGCUUCAAUCGCCGUUGAAUUCCUUUCCUUCCUUCCCCACGUCGGCUCAAACAUCUGUUCCACUCCACUCGUCCACGUCCAGGGGCCUGGCAUUGCUCACCACCAUGGAAAUGGAAUUACUCCUGCUACGAGCACUUGAGCGAACACUUGGGAUUGUGACGAAACCGCAUUGUCGGAAUGGAGGGCGAUCGAGUCACAUUCCUGACGGGGCCCUCCUACAGCGAUUGCCCUCGCACUUCCAUGGUUCCAAAAGGCUACGUCUGGAUUCAGGGACACAAUGCAUAUGCUUCUGCUUCUGCUGAUUCCAGAUUUCUUGGUGUUUUCCCUAUGGUUUGUUUGAUUCAGUGGGGAACAUUUCCAAUGAUGCAGGAUUGCAAUGUGUAACCACUCGAACCUACAUAGUAAUGAGGAACAAGCAAAGAGAAAAAUAAAUUAAAAAGACAUGCAACCUGAACCAGGUAGGAAGAGCACGCAGCAGGUCAGUGGGAAAAGAGAACAUUAUGGCCAAUUAUAAUUUUGAUGAAGGAAAAUAGUUGGUCUGGUAGGAAGAAUGAAUAAUGUUGUAUUGAGUUUUUUUUUCUUUUUUGGGUGUUAUUCUGCAUGCUUUCCUUGCUCUUGAUAUUGCCAUAGUCAAGGAACAGUUAAAUUCCAAAAUAUCUUCUUUUGAUAUCUGCCCAACAAGAACUGCAUUUAUGUUAUCCCUUCAUCAAUAAAACUUCUGUUGAACAACAUGAACUCAUGAUCUCAGGUUGGCCUUUUGGAACAUCCUGCAGUUCUUACUAGUUCAAAAUAAAAAUAAAAAAUUCAUUUGGUUAGAUAGAUUUGUGAUGAAGGAGGAAGGGCUCUGGACUAUGUUCUGCAGAGCUUCAUUAUAUUCAAAUGGCUAUGAAAAGGAAUACGGGUCUUGGCGUGUUCACAUAUUCGAUCCAGAUUCGUGUCUCAACCACGUCUUCAUACUUUGCAUAGACCUCCUGCUACUGCUGAUCACCUUUUGCAUCUUCAUCUACAAGAAAUCAGCAGCAAGCUGCAAGUUCACAGUGGAACCACUACCACAAAGCUUCUCCAAACUGAUGAUUUCGUCGGCCAUUUUCAACAGCUUUCUGAGCAUGCUUUAUUUUGGGGUCGGCAUAUGGGGAGUCUCCAACGAUGUUCUACCGUUACAAGGAUGGAUUGUGGUGCUUCUCCAAGGAUCGGCUCUGUUGGUGCUGAAUCUGUAUGUAAGCCUGAAUCAUAAUAGAAAGCAAACCCAUUGGGAAAUUGCAGUGGUGAAGCUGUGUUCAGCUUUGGAUUUCUGUCUCUCUGCCUUCCUAUGUUUUACCUAUCUUUGGCAAGCCAUAAUCGCGGAGAAGAAACUAGUGUCAGUUAAAAUGGUUAUCGACAUCUUGUCUCUUCCAGGGGCAAUUCUACUGCUGUUAUGUGCCUUUCGAGGAAGAAAGAUCAAUGCAGGAAAUUAUCCAAACGCCAACUCUGAACCCUACUACUAUGCACCUUUGCUUGGUGAAGAAGCUAUGGCCUCAGAUGAUGACGGUGAUGACAAGGUAAACCCUUUUGCCAAAGCUGGAUUCUUCAGCAAGCUAUCAUUCUGGUGGUUGAAUCCAUUGAUGAAGAAGGGGAAAGAGAAAGUUCUUGAAGAUGAGGACAUCCCACAUAUGAGGGAGGAAGAUCAGGCCAGAACAUGCUACUUAAUGUACUUGGAGAGAUUAAAUAAGUGGAAAUCUGCCAAAAAAGGAUCACCUGACGAGCCAGCACCUGCAUUAUGGUCAACACUACUCUCUUGCUACAAGAAGGAGAUUCUGCUAUCUGGGUUUUUCGCAUUGCUCAAGCUACUCACUCUAUGCGCCGGCCCUUUUCUCCUCAAAGCUUUCAUUGAUGUUGCUGAGCAUAAAGUAGCUUUUGAAUAUGAGGGCUAUGUACUCACAUUAACACUUCUCUCAGCAAAAUGCAUUGAAUCAUUCUCAGAGAGGCAAUAUCAUUUCCAAACGAGGUUAGUUGGUGUCCGAGUGAGGUCUCUAUUAUCUGCAGCCAUCUACCAGAAGCAACUAGUCCUUUCAAAUGCUGCUAAGCUCACUCAUUCCCCUGGGGAAAUUAUGAGCUACGUCACCAUAGAUGCAUAUAAAAUAGGAGAGUUUGCUUACUGGUUUCAUCAGAUAUGGACCACCGGCCUCCAGCUAUGCCUUGCAUUGCUCAUUAUCUACUUUUCCAUUGGGAUGGCAACCAUAGCAGCUCUGAUCACCAUUAUAGUAACAGUGAUUGGGAGUUCUCCUUUGACUACAUCACAGCUUACUAAUCAAACAAGACUCACACAGCAGCAAGACCGGAGGCUGAAAGCAAUAACUGAGGCACUUGUUAACAUGAAGGUGUUGAAGUUGUAUGCUUGGGAGAAUCAUUUUAUGGAAAUGAUAGAGAAAGUUAGAAAAGAAGAGCUUGUGUCAAUUUCUAAGCUUCUGUUCCGAAGAGGGUGUCUCAUGAUGCUGUUCGGGUCAUCUCCGGUCAUAGUGUCAGUGAUCACAUUCUGGGCAUGCUACUUGCUCAGUAUUCCCCUCAAUGCUAGCAAUGUUUUCACAUUUUUGGCAACAUUAAGAAUCGUUCAGGAACCAGUAAGAAUGUUGCCUGAGGUAGCUACUAUAUUCAUAGAAGCUAAAGUUUCGUUGGACCGAAUAGGAAAGUUUCUCCAGGCGCCUGAGUUGCAGCACAAUAGAAUUAGGCAGAAGAGCAACAGCGGCUUUCAGGAAGCUGUUGAGGUUCCUAUCUUCAUCCAAUCUACUGAAAUUUCAUGGAGCAGAGAGGCUACUUCAUCUAAGGCUACAUUGAGGAACAUAAACUUGACAGUGAAACCGAGAGAAAAGGUGGCCAUUUGUGGAGAGGUUGGCUCAGGGAAAUCGACACUAUUGGCUGCAGUUCUUGGAGAAGUUCCGUUAAUUAAUGGCACAGUCAGUGUUUACGGAAGAAUAGCAUAUGUUUCUCAAACGGCAUGGAUUCAAACGGCAACAAUAAGAGAUAACAUAUUGUUUGGGUCUUCUAUGGACCCAGUUAGAUAUUGGGAGGUGGUUGAGAGGUGUUCCCUGGUAAAAGACCUGGAAUUGCUACCAAAUGGGGACUCUACUGUUGGAUGAUCCCUUCAGUGCUGUUGAUGCACAUACUGCAACCAGUCUAUUCAAUGUAAUCAAUCCACUUAUCCCUUAGCAUAUUCUCGGUCUCUCUCUUAGAAACUAACUCGAUUCAGGUGGCAGGAAUAUGUGAUGGGAGCUUUAUCGGAGAAGACGGUUUUACUUGUGACCCAUCAAGUUGACUUCCUUCCAACAUUCAACUUGAUUCUGCUGAUGUCUUCCGGUGAAAUCUUGAAAACCGGCACUUUUGACCAGAUGCUGGAAUCCUGUCAAGAGUUUAAUGAACUGGUCAAUGCUCACAAGAAUACAACUGAAGGGGGAAAAGUACACAUUGGAUCCAUUGGAGAGUCUACAACUGAUGCUUCCACCACAGAGAUAAAGGAGAUUUAUAGGAGAGAUCACAAUUUAGCAGCAGCGGCAGCCUCAGGAGAUCAUCAGUUGAUAAAGAAAGAAGAAAAGGAAACAGGAGACACAGGGUUCAAGCCUUACAUGGAUUAUUUGAGCAAGAAUAAGGGGUUCUUCUUCUGUUUCUUGACUGUCCUGUUCUAUUUCUUGUUCGUGGUUGGCCAAUUGGCCCAGAACUACCUAUUAGCUACAGGCAUUCAGAACCCGGGAGUGAGUAGAGUAACACUGUUCACUCUAUACGGUGUAAUUGGAUGUGCAUUGCCAUUUUUCAUGUUCUUAAGGAUCUUUUCCUUAGUUAGACUUGGUUGUGGCGCAUCAGAAGCGAUCUUUUCCAAGCUCAUAAUAUCCCUAUUCCGAGCACCAAUGUCCUUCUAUGACUCCACUCCUCUAGGAAGAAUUCUUAGCCGGGUUUCUUCUGAUUUGAGCAUCAUAGACCUUGAGGUAGCAUCUAAGUUAGCAGUAUCACUGGGAUCGACUCUGAAUGCAUACACUAGCUUAGCCCUAUUAGCCAUUCUGGCAUGGCCUGUCUUGUUUAUUAUCACACCCAUUCUUUAUCUCAUCAUGAUCUUACAGAGAUACUACUUCAAUACGGCGAAAGAGUUGAUGAGGAUCAAUGGGACGACAAAGUCAAGUUUGUUGAACCAUUUUGCUGAAUCCAUUUCUGGAGCCAUGACUAUCAGAGCCUUCGAGGAGGAAGAAAGAUUCUUCUCCAAGAACCUGGUACUCAUUGACAACAAUGCAACCACCUACUUCCACAACUUCUCAGCGAGCCAGUGGUUGAUCCAACGUCUGGAGAUCCCUUGUGCAAUUGUGCUCUCGACUUCAGCACUUGUGAUGACUUGUCUUCCUCUGGGUGCUUCUACUUCAGGGUUUGUCGGAAUGGCACUUUCAUAUGGUCUAUCACUAAAUGUGUUCCUCAUAAUAUCAGUUCAGUACCAGUGCUUCAUAGCAGAAUCAAUCAUCUCAGUAGAAAGGCUAGAACAGUAUAUGCAUAUCCCUAGUGAAGCUCCACAAGUGAUUGAGAGUGUAAGGCCUCCAGCCAACUGGCCAAGUCAUGGCCAAGUGGAGAUCUAUAACUUAAAGGUGAGGUAUCAGAAGAACAGUCCACUUGUUUUACACGGGAUAAGCUGCAGGAUUGAAGGAGGAGAUAAGAUUGGUGUUGUGGGAAGGACUGGGAGUGGCAAGACAACUCUAAUCAGUACCUUGUUUAGGCUGGUGGAGCCCACAGAAGGAAGGAUCAUAAUAGAUGGGAUUGAUAUCUCCACAAUAGGACUCCAUGACCUGAGAUCACACUUAGGAAUCAUCCCACAAGAUCCAACUCUCUUCUGUGGCACUGUGAGGUACAAUCUUGACCCUUUGUCUCAGCAUACUGACCUAGAAAUAUGGGAGGUUCUGGAGAAAUGCCAGCUGCGGGAAGCCAUUCAACAGAAGGAAGGAGGCUUGGACACAUCAGUUGCAGAAGAUGGAUCAAACUGGAGCAUGGGGCAGAGGCAGCUAUUCUGUCUAGGGAGAGCACUGCUGAAGCGAAGCAAGAUUUUGGUGCUGGACGAAGCAACAGCUUCCAUUGACAAUACAACGGAUGCGAUCCUUCAGAGGAUCAUUAGAACAGAAUUUGCAGAGUGCACUGUCAUCACUGUGGCCCAUAGGAUCCCUACUGUCAUGGAUAGUACCAGGAUUCUUGCCAUCGCAGACGGGAAGUUGGCAGAGUAUGAUGAACCGGGUAAUCUGAUGAAAGAGGAAGGGUCUCUCUUUCGCCAGCUCGUGCACGAGUACUGGUCUCGAUCUACAAACAACUAAUGCAAAAAAAAAAAAAAAGAGGAGUGAGUGCUUAACUUAACCAUGAGUUUCUGGUAGGUCUACAAAUCAAGUACUGUAUAAUAGAAAGUCAGAACAUUCUAAACCAGUUUUCACUAUAUAACUCAAUUCAUGCUAGCUAUUCAUAUAAGCAAAUGUUACAUUGGCCUCUUUCUUUUUUGCUCUAUAUUUACUCUAGAUUUUUAUAUGAAUAUGCACAUAAGACUGUUGUGCUUGUGGCAAAAUGAAUCAAUGAUACUACUUGGGG